AUGGCAUCCAACGGGACAGGCUUCUUCCUCCCAGCCGAGCGUGCCCAGGGGCUCGCCAACUAUCCUCACGCACGCACAGCGCCCUCGACCAGUCGCAUCAUAUUCGUCAGUGGCACGUCUUCCCGGCGCGGCGACGGGACAUACGAAGGUUGCGAGACUCUGCCCGAUGGCACCCACAAGCUCGACUGCGGCGCACAGACAGCCGCGGUUCUGAGGAAUAUCGAGAACAUCAUCCAGGGUGCGACAGACGGGAAAAAUGGCCUGGAGAGCAUCGUCGACGCCACCAUUUUUCUGACGGACAUGAAGGACUACGCCGCCAUGAACGCAGAGUGGAACAAGCGCUGGCCGGACAAGACCAAGGCGCCUGCGAGGACGUGUGUGCAGGUUGCGGCGCUGCCGAAUGAGAGGCUGAACGUGGAGAUCAAGUGUCAAGCUUUGGUUAGCGAGUGA